CGCCAAAUCCCAUACACCAAUAACUUAUUUUACCAUCUCUCGGUCACGCAGCGUGGAGGGGCAUCCCAAAAAAUUUCCUUCCCCUGCUUCAACCCGAACCGCGACGCAGCAGGGCCGUCCACCCCUCCCCCGAGAUGGCUCCCGUAAAGCAGGCAGCAUGGCGGAGUGCGCCGAGCGCAGAGGAGCUCGAUCGCCGAAAUACGGUCGGCAUCAACCUCGAAACGGUCACGGACGUGACAUCGACAGACUACCCGGGCCACCACCCGGGCGAGGACCUGGCCUUCACGAUCGACCGCUUCCGAUCCGGCUUCUCCGUGCGCUUCCACCAAAACGAGGCCAACCUCGCGUCCUUUUCGCUCGUCGGGCUCGACGCCUCGCUCGCCAACGCCUUCCGCCGCAUCCUCAUCGCCGAGAUCCCCACGCUGGCCAUUGAGAACGUCUACAUCGAGAACAACACGUCGGUCAUCCAGGACGAGGUGCUGGCGCACCGCCUGGGCCUCAUCCCCUUCAACGGCGGGCGCGAGGGCCUGCAGAACUUCCUCAAGUGGCACAAGAAGCCGCAGCCCGGCGAGGACCCCUACGCCACCUGCUUCGACUGGAACACGGUGCGCCUCGAGCUCAACGUGACGUGCACCGUCAACAAGGACGCGGCGCCCGACGAGACGGACCCGACCAAGGCCUACCACAACGCCCACGUCUACGCCCGCGACAUCGUCUUCGUGCCCACGGGCAAGCAGGUCGAGCACUUUGGCGGCGAGGACGCCAUCCGGCCCGUCAACCCGGACAUCCUCAUCGCCAAGAUGCGCCCGCGCCAGACCAUCAACCUGUCCAUGCACAUGCACAAGGGCAUCGGCGCCGACCACGCCAAGUUCUCGCCCGUGGCCACCGCCUCGUACCGCCUCAUGCCCACCAUCAAGAUCCUCAAGCCCAUCCUGGGCCCCGACGCCGACAAGUUCGCGCGCUGCUUCCCCGAGGGCGUCAUCGGCCUCGAGCCCGUGACCAAGAAGGAGGCGGCCCAGCGGGGCAGCGGCUACGAGGGCCACGCCGGCGAGCUCAAGGCCGUCGUGCGCGACGCCAUGAAGGACACGGUCAGCAGGGAGUGCCUGCGGCAUCCCGAGUUCGAGGGCAAGGUCAAGCUGGGCCGGAGGCGGGACCACUUCAUCUUCUCCAUCGAGAGCUCCGGGCAGUGGGACAGCGACGAGCUGUUCCUGGAAUCGGUCAAGCACCUCAAGCUCAAGUGUAAGAAGCUGGAACAGCAGGUCAUCAACAUGGCGAGGUGAUGUCGGACCGGGACCCAGCAGGGCGUGCAAGAAACUUUUUUUUUCUCUCGAUUGGGCUGCCUCUGGUGUUGCGGGGUUUUUGUACAUACAAACAGCUUGGUUGGUUGCUUGCGUGGUUACCAAGCUGCUGGCAUUUCUGCUUUUUUGGGACGCUUUCCCUUGCGUUUGGACGUUUCACGGGUAGACAAAAAGAUGAUACCACGGCUGAAGACAUUUCGCACGUUUGAUGUAUAUGUACUGCGUCCCAGGGACUACUUUAACUCGAC